UCUUUGGUCAGCGCAAAGGGACAAGACGAGGAAACUUUCCGCUUGGAUUAAAACACAUCUUUCUCAAAAACUACGAAAUUCUAAUCGUCAAAUUGUGGAUAUCUUGUCUGUGACAUAUUGGACUAGGGAUUACCGCUGAAAAGUCUUAGUGGGUUUGAUCCGGAGUCGAGGAGGGUGGCCUGACGUUGCCCGAGAACGCCAAUCGUUAUCGCAUGAUCUGCCUCCGAGGAUUGCGAUCAGCAGUCAAACUCUGACCAGUUGGUCAAGUGACCAACAGCGGCCAGAGACCGCAGGACAUUCUGGUCAGCACUGGUAGAUUUUUGUGGCUUUUACUUCUAGGAAUGUAGUGAAAUUAUUACUUCGGAUUAUUUUAUUUAUCUAGUCAUGCGCGAGUAUAGUGACUUUAUGACAGCGUUUAUCAUGAUGUUGCAAAAUUCGGAGGGAUGGAGCAAUCCCGAGUCACUCCAGUGAGGGGCCCACACACUUGUCUCCCCUUUACCUCUUAUUUGUGGGGAGUUGGGAAAACUUUUGGAAAUACACUUACUGAAACGGAUAAUUUAAUUAGUCAUUCAUGUACGUACAAUACGUGAAGUAACCUCCUACUGUAGGAUAUAUCAAUACAGAUCUUCAUGACUAUGAGAAAAACUGUAUUGUGGAAAUUUAUAAUUUCGCUUCAAAAUGGAUUUAUGGAUUAUAAACAUUUUCUUGGAAUAUUUUUGUGUUGACAAUCUCUGAAAGACCGCGUGAAGUCGUCAUAACAGACCUGCUACAACAUGUCUGAAGUGAUCGACAUUUUCUUGGUGUUCCUCUGCUGCGCUAUCGUGACCGGACAUAGCCAGAUUGUAUCGGAAGACCCCCAAACAGACGCCACAAAACCCGAGUACACCUCGGAUCAGAUUCACCAGAUAGAACGGAGCCUGUUGCAGAUCUUUGGUUUCAAGGAACGGCCGAAACCCAUACGGAAGGACAUCGUGAUCCCGGACUACAUGGUGGAGCUGUACAAACAGAAGAUGAGAGAUCAGGACGACUUGAGUAUGCAUAUCAACCAGAAAAACACAGACAGUGGCUCGGCAAACACAGUACGGAGUUACUUUCAUCACGAUUCAGACGAUGACGAUGAAGGGUCGGAAGAGGACUGGCAUAAAGUACGACUGGUUUUCAACAUCUCGGACAUACCUUCGAUGGAGUACGUUACGGGCGCCGAAUUACGAUUAUUCAGGGAGAUACCGACGGAUAUAAAAGACGCUGAUAGUGCGGUGAAGCAUCGGAUAGAUAUUUACGAAAUUAUUAGACCCGCCACGAAAAGGACGGAGGCAUUAAAACGUUUAGUAGACACGAAACGCGUCGAUUUACGGAACGCUAAAUGGGAGAGUUUUGAUGUGAGUGAGACUGUCAAUAACUGGCGAAAUGCUAAAAAGUUCAAUAAUGGUUUGGAGGUGCAUUUUCUGACGAAAAAUGGGGACGUUCCCAAAUCUCAGGAGCACGUGAGAUUACGGCGAUCGGUUCGAAGGAAUCGUAAAAAUAAACGUAAUAAACAAAAAGAGGACAAGGACUGGAAUAAAAAGAGACCAGUUUUGGUUAUGUAUAGUGACGAUGGUAAAGCUAGGUCAAGAACUCGUAGAAACAAUCAUAGAAAAUCGCGCAAUCUUAGGCGAAAAAGCAGAGAUCAGUGUCGACGACAUCAGUUGUAUGUAGACUUUAGUGACGUUGGUUGGAAUGACUGGAUUGUGGCCCCACCCGGCUACCAAGCCUACUACUGCCAUGGGGAUUGCCCCUUCCCGCUGGCCGAUCACUUGAACUCGACUAAUCAUGCAAUAGUUCAAAAUCUUGUGAAUUCUGCCUACCCUCAUGUUGUGCCUAAAGCAUGCUGUGUGCCCACGGAACUUAGCCCGAUCUCGAUGCUUUACUUGGACGAGAACGAGAAAGUUGUGUUGAAAAACUAUCAGGAUAUGGUGGUAGAAGGGUGCGGCUGUCGAUAGGCACGGAUUAUUGUCAAAUUCUUGUUAGAUUUGAUGAAUUGAAGUGGAAUUUUGAGCGAUCUCGAGUGUCCUUUUGGCGUCUUAAGGACCGAGUAUUGUGCUUCGAAAACCACUCGAAUGUCCGGGGGCCGUGCCCCAAGCGCCGUGGACACUUGGCGAGUCAAGUUGGGUGUUACCCGUUGCGGUAACACAUGGAAUGUAGGAGAGAUAAUAUGGUAGAAAGCGAUUUGGGAUAUGACGGCCAGAUAUGGGAGUCGGAGAUUUUAAGAAUAUAGAAAUCAGGGAUUCAGAUUGUGCUUUUCAUUACGGACGUUCCGCUGAAGUGAACUUUGCGCGGACAACAUUUGGAGUAAAUAUUUAUCAAGUAAUUAUUACCAAAGUUCCUUAGACAAAUGUGGUGCAGACACUUAAACGUGAUAUCUAAAUAUGACGAUAUUUUCGUUGUAAGUUUCAAAACACUAAGUGUUUAGGAUGACAUUGUACUUAGAAUAUGUUACAAAGUGUUUUUUUGGGAAAUGUAUCACUUUUCACUUUGGGAUUAGUAAUCUUAGAUCUGAUGUGGAUUAUAAAUUUACCCCACGACUACGUAAGGUGAGAGAAAUUGAGGUCUUUGUAAACUUGAAUUUCGCAAAUAUCGUUUAGUGAAAUCUCAAUUUCUGGUAUAUCUGGUCGUGCUGCGGCCAGAAUGCCGAAUUGCUCUUGGUGAUAAUUAUUUAUUACUCUUCAUAACCUCUUCAUGCCCUCACUUAAUUACGAGUACAACAAGAUAUUGUUUGGUUGUCCUUUUCAUUACUACAAGAUUGUUGGUAGGGGUGGGGUGUGGGUCUAGCGUUAAUUAUACACGAAUAAAUAACUUAGUGAGAGAACGCCGUACUGAAUAUACUCUGCAUUUAGUUUUCUCCAUUUGCGAUAUUUCAAUUUAAGCCUGUAAAGAAAAAGAACAUGACCCUGCUUCCAACCAUCCUGUCGACCAUCAUAGCAGCCAAGGCAGAAAAAUAACGAUCAAUAUAGCGGAUUCUUCUGGGGAUUUGGUGGGUCGUAUGGGCGUUUCACUUGCCGUUUAUCGAUAUCUUUCGGGAUUUCCUAUUUUCAAACUGUUACAAACUAACAGGAGCGCACAACAACAAACAUGUCCUGGGAAUGGUUAUAUGAAAAGGGGAAGGGCGUCUUCGAACAUAAAUUGCACUUUUUUUCAACUUUGAGUGAAAAUAAGACGGGUAACCAAAGGCAUCUGACCACAGUCGCCACAUGCUUCAUAAUCGUAUAUUCUGAACCUGAAGCGUGCCGUAAACUUUCUACUGGUAUAGCUCAGCGACCUUUACAAUUUUAAGAGACACACGCUAGUGAUCGAAUUUUACAUCAAGUUGUGUUAGUUGGCAUUUUAAUAAAACUUUAUUACAAUACGGUGGCACUCUUAAAAAUAACGGGUUUUGAGCUUUUGAGGAACAUUUUAGGGUUUUUCGGCCGAACCAAAUAUGCACUUCUAAGAGGUUUUUCGUCAAAUGAAAAAUCCUAGAGGUUUUUGAAAUUCUAAAAACGUCUCAGGGUUUUUCGAUUCGACGGAAAACCGUUAAGGAGUGCAUAUUUGUGUUGGCCAAGAAACCAGGACGGCUCAAAAAAUUAUUUCUAAUAGUGUACAUGACAAUACACGGCGGGGAAGUCAUUUUGAGUGUUCUUUGGUCCAAAUAUUAGUAAGAGGCAGUGUGAAUUUACAAUAUUUCACUUCUUCAGUGAAAUUUACAAUAUGUAACGCAGGCAUUGUAAAUAUGAAACUGUAAAACAGGUUCCAAAAUGUUAAGGCAUUAGACUUUACCACCUACAUGUACUCACUGUUUGUGGACGAUCCAAUGCCUCGAUGGAAGGUCGAAUUUUGGGAAGAGUUAUGUAUCAUCACUUUUCACUUUGAGGUACUGUAUUGCAUUUGUUUGAAAAUAUUAUACUCUCUCUUCAUUUUUGUAUGGUCAGAGGCAAAUAUUCACGCCUCGCCUUUUCAGUAUCAGUUGCGGUUUUCCAUUGGCUCGAAGGAUAUCUGGCCAAGCAUUGAUAGAAGAUCAUGACUGUGUAAUGUACACUAUUUGCAGGCGGCGUUUAUGCGUGAGUCUUGAUUGACCUUAUAACAGUGAAAAUAGAGUAUCAACAAUCGCUCCUCCCGUCAUUGACUAUGAAGGCGUUCCAUGGACUCAAAACCUAUCAUAGUCGGCGGGGUCGAUCUAGAUGUCUCAUGGCGGGGGUUACGGGGUCUUUUUAGGUCCACUAGCAUUUCUUUUGGGUUGUCAGAUUCCUUUGUACACGAGUAAGAGAAAAUAUUAUCCAACAUUUACGGUUUAAUCGCAAAAUAUUUCAUCAAUGUAUUGAGAACGAUUUUUCUCACCAGUUUUCGGUCGUUUUAGCAGUUGCCAGAGAGUUCCCGAAAUUCUAAGUAGCCCGCGUGCAUUCUUCGUAUACACCUAUAGUCCCCGUGGUUGUACCUGGACACAAGUCGAUGUUGGCUUUAUGGUCACUAGUCGAUGUUGGCUUUUCUUACGGGGUAUCAAAUUGAGGUACGUCUUUAUAAUUUCUCCGAACGUACACAGACCUAUAGACGGAACACCUCUUGUUUGGAAUGGGCUAACGCGUAAAACGACAACCAUCGAUUCCAUGCCAUUGGCAUGUCUGUUAGUUUUUGUAAUUUAAUUGGUAUGAAGUUUUAUUAUUUGCAAUAAAAAUUGUCUCAUUGUAAAUUAUC